GCUAGCUGCGCCUUGGGAUAAGGGAUUGAGGCUGCAGCCGGGUGAACCCCGAUUCCCCCCCCGAGCCCUAAGGGGCCCCGGGCUCCCCGCCGCCAUGUCCGAGCGCGAGGAGCGGCGCUUCGUGGAGCUGCCGCGCGAGUCCGUGCGCCUGAUGGCGGAGAGCGCCGGGCUGGAGCUGACGGACGAGGUGGCCGCGCUGCUGGCCGAGGACGUGUGUUACCGCCUGCGGGAGGCCGCCCAGAACAGCUCCCAGUUCAUGAAACACACCAAACGCCGGAAACUGACGGUGGAAGAUUUUAACCGGGCCCUUCGCUGGAGCAACGUGGAGGUGGUGUGCGGCUAUGGCUCCCAGGACCCCCUUCCCUUCCGUGCUAUAAAGGAAGGGGAACUCUACUUCCAGGAGGACCGUGAGAUCAAUCUGGUGGAACUUGCCCUGGCCACCAACCUCCCCAAGGGCUGUGCAGAGACAGCAGUGAGAGUUCAUGUCUCUUACCUGGAUGGAAAAGGAAAUCUGGAACCACAGGGAGCUGUGCCCAGUGCUGUCUCCACACUCUCAGAUGACCUGCUGAAGUACUACCAGCAUGUGACCCGAGCUGUGCUUGGGGAUGACCCGCAGCUAAUGAAGGUUGCCCUCCAGGACCUGCAGACGAACUCGAAGAUCGCAGCCCUGCUGCCCUACUUUGUCUAUGUGGUCAGCGGGGUGAAGUCCGUCAGCCAUGACCUGGAGCAGCUGAACCGCCUGCUGCACAUCGCCAAGAGCCUCAUCCAGAAUCCCUACCUGUGCCUGGGCUCCUAUGUCAAGAGCCUGAUUGCCAGCGUCAUGUACUGCGUGCUGGAGCCACUCGCCGCAUCCAUCAACCCCCUCAAUGACCAUUGGACGCUCCGGGACUACGCUGCUAUGCUCCUGAGCCACAUCUUCUGGACGCAUGGCGACCUCGUCAGUGGCCUGUACCACCAGAUCCUGUUGUCCCUCCAGAAGGUGCUGGCUGAUCCAGUGCGCCCGCUUUGCUCUCAUUAUGGGGCAGUGGUGGGGCUGCAUGCCCUGGGGUGGAAGGCUGUGGAGCGAGUCCUCUACCCCCAUCUCUCCACCUACUGGGCGAACCUGCAGGCCGUGCUGGACGACUACUCUGUCUCCAACGCUCAGGUGAAGGCUGAUGGGCAUAAGGUGUACGGUGCCAUCCUGCUCUUCCUUUGCCAGGUGGCAGUGGAGCGCUUGCUGAAGAUGAAGGCCCAGUCAGUAUCCGUCCAGGGGGACAGACCAUGUAGGGAUGGGUGCCGUCGAGAGAGCUCUCCCUGGCUCAGCCCCCUGCAGGAUCCCCAAGUGGAGUUCAGCUUUGGCAUUGCCAGCCACCUUCUGCAGCUGGGCAGCGGGGGCCCCCAGCUGGGCACUGGCAUCUCUGCUGACCCUCCUGCUGUCUCCCUGCACGAGACCUACCGGGAGCUCUAUGACUUCUUUGGAGACAGCCUGGCCACCCGCUUUGGCACAGGCUCGGGGCUGCACGCAGCCGAGCCGACACCUCCCGGCCCCAAGGUCUUGGACACCAAGAAAGAGCAACCGGCCUUCGGCACAGGGGAUGUGGUGCGCAAGAUGCCCCAGCUGACAGCCAAUGCCACAGUGAGUCCCCGAGAGGAGGAGAGCCCCCGGGCAGACUACCCACCAGGCAGGCCAACCCUCCAUCGCUCGGCCAGUGUGCCCCGCUCUCGUAGCGCAUCACGCCAGCAGGGCCACCGGCCUGGGGUCCGUGACGUUUUCCAGAAGUGCCGUUUCUCCCCCCAGGGGCCACCCCACUUCAGCUUUGUGAUUGCUGGGCGGCAAGUGGGCCGGCGGUGCAAGGGCCGAGUGUUCCAGACCUGCUUCCCCCAGCACCAUGGCCCUAGCCACAUUUCCCGCUAUGCCCAGAAGCUGCCCAUGAUCGGCAGGACCAGCAAGCCUGUGAAGAAGUGGGCCCAUUCAGAGUACUCCCUUUACCUGCCUCUCUGAGGAGUGACCUCUCCCCUGCAGGACUUCAGCUCAUGGGUGCUUCAUCCCUCCCCUGUACUACUGAGCAUCCCUUGUUGGAUGAAGUCAGGGGCCCCCACUCAAGCCAAACCUCUCAGGAGAGGAUUUUAUUUUCCAGGGUGGAGGGGGCCUACCCAGCAGUCUCUGACACACACAGCUGAGACACACUCUGCCCUCAGCGGUGCCUCCUACGUGCCCAGACUGUGGGGCAGGCUGAGCCUGCUACCUCUGCACCUAUGGACUGUGCUCUCCUCCAAGGGCCAUCUAGGGUUUUCUGCUGUGUGAUGGCUGAGCCUUUGCUGGGGAGGUGUUGGGGGAGUAUGCGUGGGAGAGGGGAGGCGAUUGCAGGGCUUAGGGCCUCUGUGUGAUCUAGGUACAGCACACAGCAGCAGAUUCCGUAGCCUAACUAAAGGAUUUUAGCUCCCCGGCCCCAAGCCAUGUCCUCCCCUGAGGCACGAGUGCUCCUGUCCUUGCGUACUCAGCACUCCCCUUGGAGUUGGAUUUUCCUGACAGCACACAGCAUUUCUCCAACUCCCCAAGCCUUGUAUUGACACCUGCUUGUUUAAUAAAGAUGCUGUUGGGGACUGAGAA